AUGGCCUCGGCCCGCCCCGGCGAGGCGGCCGCCCGCUGUGCCGUGUCCGCGGCGGCGGGGGCUGCGGCGGGCGUGGCAGUUGCGCUGAGGAGCAGGUUUGGUGGCACAAGUGCCACAUGGAGAUCGUGUUGGCGUUGCCGCCGCGCGGCAUCCUCAGACGAGUCGCCGAUUCUGGGCGAGGCUGGCCAUUGCCCCAGCAGCCGAUCUGGGUCGCGCAGGUCCCGCUCGAGGUCUUUCAACAUCGACGAGCUCCUCGAGCCCGGCGAGCCGUCGCCCCUCGUGGAGCGGGUCUGGCAGCAGACGGAUGAGAAGCUGGGCGGCUCUGCCCACGGCGCGGCCGCCGCGUCCGCAGCCGACGUCAGCUCAUCCGCCAGCGCCCCCGAUGCCCGCCCGCGCCCUGGUGCCCUCAGCGCCCACGCCGACGGCGCCGCCGCCAGCGACGGCGGCCUUGCCGCCAGCGCCGACUCUGCCGCAGCCGUGCCCUCCGCCGGCGCCAGCUCCGCCGCCGCCUCCGCCGCCAGCCCGCGGGCCAGCCCGCGGGCCGCCACAUCCGCUGCAGGCGCCGGCCCCGUCGCCGAAGCCGCUGCGGCCUGCGACGGGGGCAGCGGCUCGCCGGCGAGGGGCCGCGCGGCCUCGCCGGUGCUGGGCGGCGGCUGCGCGGCGUGCCCCGCGCACCACGUCGACGACCCGAGCGGCUUCGACUUUCGCAGCACCCUCGAGGCGCUGGAGCCAGUGACCACAUGGGCCAACGAUUGCUGCAGCUUGCGCAGCAGCCGCAGCUCGCCCGUGACUCUGCUCGCGACGCCCACUGGCUCGGCGGCCUCGAUCGCCGCGCCGCCGCCUGCCGCCCGCGAGCGCCACGGCGCCGCGCCCGCGCUGCUGACCGAAGGCGGCCCUGUGGCCACGCCCGUGCGACGCAGCCGACGAGACGCCUGCGAGCUGCGCUCGGCGGCCGCCCGGCCGCCCGUCCGGGUGCGGUCCCGACCGCCCCCGGCUCUGCGGCUCUGCAGGCAGCCGCCUCUCGCCGCAGCUGCCGAGGAGGUAGAGCUGGUCGCGGGCCCUCAGCCGCACCCGCGGGACCGGGUGUCGCUGCCGCCCGCGCCCGCGCAGCCCGCGGCGGGCGCUUUUGGCGACGUGGCCGCGGCAGACGGCCCGCGGCUCACCAGCCUGCUGUGUCGGUGGAUCCUCGGCCUCCCCGCCGCCGCGCCAGACGGCCCCCCCGCCGCCGAGCCCAGCGGCGGCCGGCCCUGCGGCUCCCCGGGGGCCCCGCCAGCGCCGGCGGCCAGCGCGCCCUCGGAGCCCUCGGCCGCCAGGCCGCGCGGCGGCGGCGGCGACCAGCCCGGCGGCGGCCGGCCCCGCAGCGCCCAGCGGGCAGUGUGCGCGCAGGCUGCUGGCGCGCGCCCCGAGCUGGCCGGCGAUUGCUCGGUGGGCGCAGCUGCCCUGAUCAUGACGCCCGUGGAGUCGCAGGCUGGUCCCCAAGCCUCCACCGCGCCGGCUGGGCCAGCGGAGUGCGCUUCGGAGCAUGCGCGCCAGAUUGUUCGCGAGGCGCGGCGCUUCCAGGUCGACAACGGGCAGCUGCGCGCCCGAGCCCGAGGCCUCAAGUUCCGCCUCAGCAAGAGCCUGGAGGAUGCCGACAGGGAGGCCCCCACCCUCCUGUGGGGAGCCAUCGUCGCCGGGACCGACGAGGGGGACGGCUGGUUGAAGGUCGGCGACCGCUUCCUGCCCAUGCGGGUGCACGGCAAGCCGGUGCUGACCCUCCAGCUGGAGGAGCCCGGAGCUGAAUCCAGGCACAGGCUGGCCCGUUCCCAGGCCAGGCUCAGCUCAUCCAAGGCGGCUGGCGGAGGUGCCUGAGGUCGGCACGUGUAGGCGCCUCAGUGCUCAGAGUUGUUGUAUUGAAGUUGUUCAUGUUGCUGCACUCGGCUUGCCCUCGUCAUACGCAUCGGC